UUUGAUUCGUCAACGGUCGUAUCACACUUUCACUUUUCUGUGCAGCAAUUAAAAAAUCUCAUGCCAUGGUGAUGGACCGUGAAGUCACAAAUCCCACCUGCCUGAUUCACCUUGAGAAGUGGCUGAAAAACCAGACGAGUCUACUGGUGAGGUGUUCAGUAUCUCGUGAACUGUUGUAUGAAUCACUUGUGCCUUUGAGAAUUUUUGGGAAGAAGAGACUCUCAAGAAAUAAAUUUAUAUUCAGACAAGUUUUUCAACCACGAGCUCAAGAAAGAGAACACUCCUCUCAAGCCACUGGUAUUACUUCUCUAAUAACACUAGUAGGGUGUGCUGAAAGUGAAAACGAAUUAUUGGUGCACGAAAGACACGAAAAAUAUGAGGAAUUUAAUUUUGUUGUUUGUGGUGACAAUUGGCGCGUGUUUCGCAGACGUCUCUCACGUCAUCUCCCAAGAUCCCUACUCUGCUCCCCUGGAAUAUCAUUCCACCACAACUACAUCUACUCCCCCACCACCUCCAAAACCCUAUGUUUUUGCCUAUACAGCCGGAAGAUUUCCUGGACAUGUCGAUCGCACGCAUAGCGAAGUAUCUGAUGGCAGUGGAACCGUUCGUGGUGCAUUCUCUUAUGUCGAUCCUAGGCAUCAGGUACGUACGGUGGAAUACGUAGCAGAUCAAUAUGGAUUCCAUCCAAUCCUGAGCCAUGAACCUCAAGGACCCGUUGAGACAGAGGCUGUUCAGAAGGCUGCUGAAAGGCACUUUAGUCUCUACGGCAGAAUUGCCCAGGCACAUGCUAACCACGAUCCUAAUCUCCAUGUGGUAGCCUAUCCAAGAGAAAGCGUUGCUGUGGCUCAUGCCAAGGAAAAGCAUCUUUCUCUUUAUGAGAAAAUUGCAGCUGAACAUGCAAGGAUUGGAGCUGAACAGGAAGCUCAAAGACUCGCCUUCGAAGCCACUUCAGUGCCAAAUGACAUUGAGGAGCAUCAUCAGCUCCACUAAUAGCCAUUAGGGAUUAGGCCCUACUUUUAAAAACGAUAAUGCCUGUUUUGCUACAGUUUUCCUUUAUUAAAAACCUUUGUAAUUAGAAA